GUCCGUCCUUGUUGACCACCUUGUCGUACCACGCACAGGGCGCCACUCCCCUGCUCUUCAGCGUGAUCACUGAAAACCUGGAGGCCGCGCAGCUUCUACUUGCAGCACGAGCGCAGCCGGACAUUCCCAACAAAAGGGGGAAGACGCCGCUUGACCUCGCCUCUCCCUUGCUGGCCCCAUCUCUUCUGGCAGCACAACAAGGAGUCCUGGCAGCGAUCGCAGAUCUGGCUGAAGCAGAUGUCUGCUUCAUAUGA